CUACUGCUGUUACGACUCAAGAAAGAAGUAGAAGCAGAGGCUGUUAUGAGUGAAGAAGAGGUGAAGAAACAUCGACACGUUCUGAAAGUAAAGCGUUAGAAGACGAGCAGACAUGGAUGUAACGCUGUAUCUGUGCGCCGCUGCUCUCCUUAUUGUCCUCAUUGUGUUUGUGCUGAGGGUGCGGAGGAAAACACAGGAGGCUGAUGAGGAGCAGCAGCGGGAUGUUGUCCGGGCAGUGGGACGCCCACAGCAAGUGGCGGAAGAGCGAGGAGCAGGUAUGCCCCGUCGGAGGAGGAACCUCGCUACUGUGAUGGCCAGACGACCACAAAUAGAAGCUGUGGAGCAUGAGGACGAAGUUGUUGAGGAAGAAGAGGAGGAGGAGGAGGAGGAGGAGCAGCAGCAGCAGAACUUCCAGCCGACAGCGAAGGUUGGCGCCAAAAAGCAAAGGAAGCUAGAAGAAAAGCAAGCCAAGAAAGCCCAGAGGGAGGCUGAAAUGGAGGAGCGGGAGGAGAGGAAGAAGAUGCAGGAGCUCAGGGAGCAGGAUAAACGAGAGAAAGACGAGAGGGAGCGACUGCUGGAAGAGAAACAGGAGGAGGAUGAGCGUCGAGCAAAAGAGGAGCAGGAGCGACGGGAGGAGGAAGAGUACUUAAAACUCAAAGCAUCUUUCGUCGUCGAGGACCAGGGAGAAGAGGAGCAGCUCUCUGAGGACCAGUCACGCAACCUUCUGCAGGAAUUCAUCCAGUACAUUGAGAGCAAUAAGGUGGUUCUCCUGGAGGACUUGGCUUCUCACUUUGGGAUGAGGACACAGGAUGCUAUUGCCAGACUGCAGGACCUGCUGACUGAGGGCUCCCUCACAGGAGUGAUUGAUGACAGGGGGAAGUUCAUCUUCAUCACUCCAGAGGAGUUGGACUCAGUGGCUCAGUUCAUCAAACAGCGAGGUAGAGUGUCCAUCACAGAACUGGCUCAGGCCAGCAAUUCUCUCAUCAACCUGGUGCCUGAGAGCAGCAGCGCCGCCUGAUAAACAUUGGACUAUUGACAGUUUUACAAUCAUCUGCACUCCCAACAGCGGGAAGAUGUUGCUACACCCUUUGUGAAAAGUGUGUGAUGAACUGUUCAUCUGCUAUUAUGAAAUGUUGUUAAGUAGGGAAGCAACAUUGUCAGGUUUUAAUUUUGAUUCAUGUAAAAAAAAUAAAAAAAUAAUCUGACAGUGUAA